ACGAUCUUUCUGCUUCCCCUGCUAACCAGUGACUGAGAUGAUACCCUCUCUCUCUCUCUCUCUCUCUCUCUGUGUUCGGUUCCCUCUGCUACCUCUUCCCACCGUUACACUAAUUUCUCUCUCUUUCCUCUGUGAUUGUGCCAUCGACAACACCAUCAUGGAUGCGGAAUCCGAGAAGCUCUCUGCAUCCACCUCUUCUGCUUCGUCUUCUUUUUCGUCUUCGUCCGCCUCGGAGGAGCGCGUGGAUCGGCUACUCCACACGCAGGAGAUUGAAGCGGCGGAGACUCUCGCGCACUUGGCAAUGCGCGACUCUCACUCCGCCGAUAAAUGGCGCGGCAAACGAGCCACGAGUCGAUUCACUCGCGAGUCACCGACUCCUGACUCGGAUCUCUCUCACUCUCCUCUUGGGCCUGGGGGAAAAGCUGUUGCAGGUCAGCAUCUACAUGAGAAAAUAUCCACCACUGCAUCUGUAGAAACAGAAAGGAUUCCGCAAGAUGACAGCUCGAGACACAUGAAGGUGGAGCAGGAUGCUGGAUUAUUACCUAAGACUACAAGUUACUCUAUAGUUCGAUGUAGCAAAUCAAGGAGAAAUUUAACUGAGGAAGAAAAAGAAGCAAGGAGGAUCCGCAGGGUAUUGGCAAAUAGAGAGUCAGCAAGGCAGACAAUUCGCCGUAGGCAGGCUCUAUGUGAAGAGUUAACCAGAAAAGCUGCCACUUUGGUGUUGGAGAAUGAAAACCUGAAGAAGGAGAAGGAGUUGGCUUUGAAAGAGUAUCAGUCUUUGGAGACUACAAAUAAGCAUUUAAAGGCACAAAUAGCCAAGUCAGUAAACGCUGAGGUGGAGAAAACACCUGUUGAGCCCAAAUCAUCUGUGACUGCGGUUACACCUCUGUCUGGUAACAGUCCAUGGUUCCUUUAUAACCAUUUUCCAGUUACACAGAUAUUUUGGCCUUCCAUCCUUCAAUCUUCUAAUCCAGCUCAAUUACAACAGACACCAUUUAAUUCCAUCGCUGUUCCACCUAAUUCCAACAUGCCAUGUUCUUCUGAGUCUGUUUCAUGUUUCCAGCAAAAUAACCUUGUAAAUGAUAAUCGACCUCAAAAUCCGUUGUAUAUGUUUCCAUGUCCAUGGUUGUUCCCCCUUCCAGUGUUUGGAAAUGGACAACCAUCACCUUCCAGUAGCGUAAAAGAUAAACAAGAUAAGCUUUCUCUAGGUAAACAAUGUAGUUCUAGUUCAUCUUUGAAGACACUGGCAAAUGUGGAUUAUCAAGCUGCUCUACCUGUCAAACUUAAAACAGAAGCUUCUGGCUGGACAGAGGCCCUACCUAUUAAUGACACUGGUUGUGCCACUCCAAGAUUUUCUUUGGAUGGAGGUGAGAAGAAAAUAGGAUGUCACAUUAUAGAAAAGUUCCAUGGACCUGCAUUUUGCUGUAAUGGUCAUGUUUCUACUGUUAAACAAGAACAUGAGCUUCAAUUACAUUUUGCCCCUAACACUAAGGUACCUUCAACAGCUUCUUACAAUGCAACUUCUUCACUGGAAAAGAAACAAGAACAGUGCAUAUGCCAGGGUAAAAAUCUAGUAGAUGCAGUUGCUGCAGCAGAAGCAAGAAAGAGGAGAAAGGAGCUAACAAAGCAGAAAAGCAUCCAUCACCGUCAGUCUCGAAUGCACUGUUGACUUGUCAAUAUACCAUAUUUUAAUUUCAAAAGGGAGCAUAAAUUCAUCCUUUACCAGCUUUUGCACCCGAUUAUGGCUUGAUGGAAAAGUAAGGUAUUGGAAGUUGAGGAGAGGACAAGUCAACUAUAUCCAUUGAGGGCCUUUGAAAGAAGAACUGAAGUCCAAAUCAUGUAUAGCACUGACAUCCUUAAAGGUUUAAGUUUUUCUCAAAUCAUCUUACUUGCUUCUUUUUUUAUUUACUCCCGAUCUUCCCACUGAAGAAAAAGGGGUGGGGGGAAGUUGGCUUCUUAAAAUGAUGAGGCUUAUCAAAUUUUUUAUUGGUAGUUAUUAUGAUCCGGAUUUUUGAACUUUCAAUUUCUGAAGAGUUAAUCCCAGAAAUUGUGUGCGCAAUGCCAUAUCAGGAGGGACACAGGAGAGAAAUUUAAGCCUUGUAUGUUUUAUACUUUUAUAACUUUACUUGACAACUGAGAUAAUCUUUCAGAGGAAGUAGAUUGUUUUUAAUGC